AUGGGUGGAAUGGCUUUAAGUGCUAGUUAUGGAGUUGGAAGAGCUGGUUUCAGACUUCGUGAUCGUGCAAGUCACAGUGAAUCAAUUAAUCCUUUUAAAAAUCGUGAAGCAUUCUGGGUAUGGCUUGGAUUGGGAUCAGAAAUCAGCACUUUUGGUACAAUUGGGCUAGCCAGCACAAAAAUUUUGAGUUCAAUUACACAAAGUGCAGCGAUUGUUGAGAUAACAAAGAGGUUCGCGACAGCUAGCCGUGUUAUGAGUGUUUUUAGUGGAGCAGCACGACCUGUCACAGACAGUGCAAAAGCUCUUCUUACAGGAUACGAAAUUUUUACUAAAUUUCGACAUAAGUCAACAAACGCCGUUUUAAAGCUUCCUAAAUCUGCGCUAAUGCAAUUGAGUGAAUCAAUAGAUGAAUUUAAUGAAACUAAUAUGUUGAUGAUGUCAAUCACUGAGGGAUUUUGGUCAAAGUCAAAGAUAAUGUAUGUGUCGCCAGAAGAAUUUCAAACCAUGGUUCAAGCUACUAUCAUAAACCAUAUGGGAGAUAAUUGCAAAAAUCGUAAGCUCUUCGAUGAACUUGUUGCAAUGCUUCAGAAUGAUGAAGCUUUGAUUAAAACAUAUAAGAAUUUAAAUGAAAACAUUGAUNCGACAAGAGAAAUAUUCUUUUUUAUUUCACCAGUACAGUUAAGAACAUUGGCGAAUAUUUUCUUAUAA